UUAACCCCCAAGAAACAUGCUCUAGUCAAUUGGCCUCUCCUCUCCUCUCCUCUCCUCCCCUGUCUUGGUUUUGCGUGUUAUUUUAUUACCUCUCACCUCCGCUUCUUCCCUUUCCACUGUCUCUCCUUGUUUUGGUAAACCACUUUUGGUUGCCAAAAUACACUCCUUCCAAUUCCCAAAGUCACAAAAUCUCAACUGGAGUAGGAAAACAAGGGAGACCUCACGGGUUAAUUAAUAUAGCAUAGACCCAUCUUUUUUCCUCUGACAACUCUUGCUUGCAUUCCAUCAUAUUUUGUGCUCUCACGUUGCCAAAAGAAGAAGUAAAUGAAGAGGUCUUCAUCUUGCUCCUCCUCCUCCUCCUCCUCAUCUUCUUCUUCUUGUGUUGCCUCUGAAAGCAUUCACAAACCAAAGGCCAAACGCAUUAGAAAGAAUCAAAAGAGCAAUCAAGGCAAAUCCCAGAAUGCUGCUGCUAAUAACAGUCAUAACUCUGGCAAAAGAAGUUCCAUUUAUAGAGGAGUCACCAGACAUAGAUGGACAGGAAGGUUUGAAGCUCAUCUUUGGGAUAAGAGUUCAUGGAACAGCAUUCAAAACAAGAAGGGAAAACAAGUUUAUUUGGGUGCCUAUGAUAAUGAGGAGGCAGCCGCACACACCUAUGAUCUUGCUGCCCUGAAGUACUGGGGGUCAGAGACAACCUUGAAUUUUCCGAUAGAAACAUACACAAAAGAGAUCGAAGAGAUGCAAAAGGUGACUAAAGAAGAGUACUUGGCAUCUCUUAGACGGCAAAGCAGUGGAUUCUCUAGAGGAGUCUCCAAAUACCGUGGGGUGGCUAGGCAUCAUCAUAAUGGCCGAUGGGAAGCUAGAAUUGGACGAGUUUAUGGGAAUAAGUAUCUCUACCUUGGAACUUACAAUACACAAGAAGAGGCAGCGGCAGCGUAUGAUAUGGCGGCGAUACAGUAUAGAGGAGCAAAUGCAGUGACCAAUUUUGAUGUUAGCAAUUACAUAGAACGGUUGAGGAAGAAAGGCAUCCCUAUAGACCGAAUCCUCCAAGAACAACAACUUCUUAACAACUCGGUAGAUUCCAGCGUGGAAGUGGAAGUUGAACAACCAACACCACCACCACAACAACAAGAGGAACAAGAACAAAAGAUAGUCUCGUCGUCUUCGCAACUUCAAUGUUCACAGCUAAAUUCAAGCUUGGAUGGCACGCCUCCUAUGGUAAUUAUGGACACUAUUGAAGAGCACGAGCUAGCAUGGAGCUUUUGUAUGGAUUCAGGAUUGAGCCUCACAAUGCCUGAUCUUCCUCUCGAAAAUUCCUGCGAGUUACCGGACUUGUUCGAUCAUACAGGGUUUGAGGACAACAUUGACUUGAUAUUCGAUGCAUGUUGCUAUGGAAAGGAGGCCAAUCCUGCUGGCUACACAUUCGAAGAUAAUAGCACAGGAGGAGUUGAAGAGGUUGGUGUUACAAGGAGCAUUGACGAGGAAAGUGAAAGUGGGAAGGACAGGUUGUCGUCUGAUUCUGUCUCAAAUUCUCCAACCAGUUCAACAACCACCUCUGUUUCUUGUAACUAUUCUGUUUGAGUGUUUCUUGGACUUCCAAGGCCGGGGAUUGUUAAGGUUUGUUUAGAUUUUGUUUUGUUGGGUUCUGUUGUGGGUGGAUGGAUGGAUGGAUGGAUGGGGAGAAAAAAAGAAGAAGAAGAGGAUCAAAAUAUCCUUGGUUUUUCAUUUUUCAUGUUUGUUUUCUCUUAAUUACUUUAAAAGAAAAUAUGAGUUAAAAAGUGAAAAAAAAAAGUUUCAAUAAUAUUUUUUCCAUCUUCGAUUUUC